AUGGAGCAAUCGACAGCGCCGCCGACACAUGAGACUAGUGAUGAGGCCUCAGCGUCCUUGCCUUCGCACAGCGCUGAUUCACGGGGUAAGACGCCGAGCACAGAUGGGCGGGAGUCGCCUUCACUUUCCUCAGCCAUUGACAAACCACCAGCUACGUCGCAGGCACCUCCGGCCCCACAGCAACAAUCGUCGUCCUUGGUACCACAGUCGCCGAUUUUAUCGCCAGGUACCUACGUCCAGCUGACGCCGCAACCACCGCGCUUGGGGUUUGAAGACAACUAUGGACAGUGCUCGAGUUACCAGAACCUGAGCCUGCCUUCACUGACAGGCACGGUGACAACUGCUGCUGAACACCACACACCGCCUCAGUAUCAGCGACUGCUUAUUUCACCAGAGGCAUUGCCACCGCCACAUUCGGCCAUCGAAGCGUCGUUGACACAGCCACUUCAUCCGGCAUUGAUCCCAGCCCCCUUAACGACAGCACCAGCCUUCACCAGCAUGACAGGUCUGCAGCUGGAGCCGGGGUUGCUAAUCUUCCCACUUGGACACCCGGCCAGUGUUGUUGGCAGUGGGGUGAGCGACUUGUCCCCAUCCAUUUCUCCGCUCACUCUUGGAGUAAAUGCGCCAUUCGGACCACCACUGCCCACACUCUUCAAUCUUAUACCAUUCAUGCCUCCGCCGGAUCCCAUGGUGCGGCCGCCCCUACCGAUAAUUGACCCGCCUAAUGCUCCCGGUCCCAUAAUGCUCACCCAACCACACCUAACGCUAGAACAGACGGAAGAGCAAACGGGCCUUAUGGACAUGGACAUUUCUACCACGCCGCUUGACACGCCAAAGGACGCACCGAGCACACCACAGCACGCACCGAUGGACGAUUCGGCUACGUCGCAGCGCCCGCGAAACGACGGUUUGACUACGUCGCUUCGUGCUCUGAGGCAAGCCUCCAGCGUUGAACAGCCUGAACUCUUGGAACAGAUGGAAGAGCAAACGGACAUCAUGGACAUGGUCAUUUCAACCACGCCGCUCGAUACGCCGAAGGACAAGCCGAGCACACCGCAGCAUGCACCGAAGGAGGCUUCAGCCACGCCGGAACGCCCGCGAGAGGGCGAUUUCACUACGUCGCCGAAGCAAGAUCCAAGCGCCUUGCCAUACUCACCCACAGAUGAGCCUACCACGUCGCCGUAUUCACCGACGAAAGAACCGAUGAAGUCGCCGCUGUACUCGCCAACAUACGAUCCGCUAUCGCCAUCCUCGGUGGACUUUUCCUACUCGCCGCCAUCCUCACCACCAGACUUUGCGGCUCUGGAGGCUUCUGAAAUAUCAGCGCAGCAAACGUCCACUGUUCAAGGGAAGCCAUCGACGUACGACUCCAUCCUACCAUCCCCCCGCAAGGGUGCUAGUGGCAAGAGUCAUUCUACAUCCAAACUGAGUGACGCCAGUGCUAGCGCUGUUCCUCCAUCCGGAGCCAAGUCUACCCGCCACAGCAUGGGCGAAAAGCAACUCCACAUCAUCGCUGAGCCACCUAGCUCGGAAGUCGCUGUGCAGGACAUUGAGAAGAAAGCGCUCAUACUUCGCGCAGAGCAGGAAGUGAAGUUCGCGAUCAGGAAGUACGUCUCCUCUCGCGAAAUAAGCACAGAAGAAUACAAGCACAUCUUAAAGCAUGCGAUUAAAAAAAUCUGCAGCAGUAAAAGGACCGGGAUCAACCCAAGAAUAAUUGGCCAAUUUAUCGAAAGGUACGUCGAGAGCAUGAAGCGCAGGCGUGGCAAGCCCAGCACAAAGCAUCAGGACUGA